AUGACUAAGUCACUUCAAGCUAAAUACUACUCAGAUGAUGAUCUAUUUAACUUGGAAAAUAAGUCAAGUUCAACUUGGUCUUGGAGAAGUAUUAGCUCUGAGCUAAUUUUUGUUCUCAAGAACAGCUGUUGGUGUCUGGGAGAUGGCAAGAAGAUACUCAUAUGGAAGCACAGAUGGAUCAAAGAGUUACAUGCUCCUCCUGCUCCUAAACCAGGGAGUUCCACUCAUCUGCAAUACAAGUAUGUACACCAAUUACUUUCUUCAGACUCUACAUCUUGGGAUAUUAUCAUUCUGCGAGAAAUUUUUGAUGACAACAUAGUAAAUCUCAUACUGAGUAUCCCAAUUCAUGCGAGCCAAGAAGACAUGCUAGUUUGGCUACUAGAUAAAAAUGGCUUUUUCUCUAUAAAAUCAGCUUAUCGUAAGAUGUUUGAAGAAGAUCGUGGAUCUGAGUCAGUGGGGAAAGAAUGGAUUAAACACUUUUUGCGGAAGGCUAUUUCUAAUCUUCUCUCUACAAGAGAUGUACUCAGUUUGAAAGUCCCGGGAAUUGCUGAUAUCUGUCCAUAUUGUGAACAAUGGAUUGGUUCAUGGUUUGACGAACUGUAUGUUAAUAAGAUCUCAGUUGGGGAAAUAUGUAAAAGAGCCAUUACAUCUUGGUGCUUAUGGACUGAUAGAUGCGACAAGGUAUUUCAAAACAUCUCAGUUCAACCAGAUAAGUCGAUCAAGAAGUAUAAGAGCUAUAUUGAAGAUCACUCAUUACAGUGGUACAAAACCGUUCCUAGCAAUAACAGUUGUUGUCGUAGAAUUACUAACUGGAUACCUCCUCCUUCUGAUUUUGUUACUAUUAAUUGUGAUGGAUCUUUUUUAAAUUCUUUAGAGGGUAUACAACUAAUCAUUCGAAACUGUGCAGGUUCUCAGCAGGCAGCCAAAUGCAUCCAACUGAAAUGCAUAAGAAGCGCUGACGAGGCUGAAUGUGUGGGACUGUGGGAGGCUGUUAAAUGGGAACAUUCUCUCAAACUAGAGAAGGUGCAUUUUGAACUUGAUGCUAAGACGGUAGUUGAUGCUGCUAUGAAGAAUUCUCCUAUAGACUGA